GAUGCUGCUGUAACGCCUUCCCAUUUCUCUUGCAGAACCUAGCCUAUGAGAUCAUCCUGACGCUCGGACAGGCCUUUGAAGUCGCCUACCAGCUCGCGCUGCAAGCCAGGAAAGGGGGGCAUUCCUCCACGCUUCCAGAAAGCUUUGAAAACAAGCCCUCCAAGCCCAUCCCCAAGCCCCGUGUCAGCAUUCGCAAGUCGGUGCAGAUCGACCCAUCUGAGCAAAAGACUCUGGCCAACCUGCCGUGGAUCGUGGAGCCAGGACAAGAGGCCAAGCGGGGGAUAAAUACCAAGUAUGAGACCACGAUUUUCUGAUACUCACCUCCUUCCCGUCCUCGUGGUGCCUUGCACGCCGAGCAGUCCCGGAGCAGGCUUUCCACCCAGCCCGGGAGGAAGACUGCUCUGUUUGUGUGGCCUUGUCAUGGGCGAGAGGCCACUGGCCACUCCUGGGGACGUUCUUUCUGCACCAGUGACAGAAAGUGCAACCAAGACUUUCCAGCCGUAACCCCUGAGAGAAAGAGCAGAGGUUUGUGGCUGACGCUUCCAACCCCAACUCCUGGCCACCACCCAAGGUAUUUCUCAUGACUCUGCCCCAACCUCGCUUUGCUGUUAUUUGGGGAUAACACCUUGCAAAAACACAGGGGAUCGCUAAUACUGCCUAAAAGUAUAAAAAUCUUGGGUUUAUUUUUCACUGUCAGCAGUUUUCAAGGUAGAACAGAACUACCCCCAGAAAGCAUCUCUAAAGUCAUGAUCUCACUAAGUAUCGUUUCAUGCAAGAGGACAGAAGUUACUCCCCUGAUUGCCAGGGAAUUCUAUUUCCCAAUUUCUAUAUUUGUGGAUUUUAUAUGUAAUCAACCAUGUCAGAUAAAGAAAACCUUUACAUCUGUGGAUUGAUUCAAAAACCUAAUGAUUUAAAACAGAGGAAUUUAUUAUGCACAGAAAAACGUGUCUUGUAUUAAAUAUUUUUAUUAAAAAGAAUGUUUCACUAAUGCAUUGAUAAGAAAACUAGGUUAGUCGUGAGGGAUGUUUCUGGUUUCAUUUCAAAUAACUAAAUUUCUACUGCUACCACCAAGAGGGCUGCUCAGAAUGGCAGAGGACCCAGGCCACUCCCCAGAGCAGGAGAUUUAGGCAGCAGACUGGCAUCUUACCGAAAGUGCUGACGCAGCCGUAAGCCUGCAAAGAUUUUUUUUUUUUUAAUCUUCACAGUUUUAAAGAACAUGUUAAAAAAAUCUAGGGCUCCUGCCGUCAAGAUUUCUGUCAUGGAAACCUUGUUUGAGAAAGGUGUUAAUAAAAUUCUAUUGCAAAAAACUUUUUUUCUAGAAAAAAAACAAAUAAAAAAAAAGAGAGAUUCCAAAGUAAUAAAACUUUCUUGAAACAAAAUAAAUAAAUGUUUGCUUACUCUUUGAUUAAAUAAAAUUUACUUACAUUUCUUUAAGGUAUUUUAAUUUUUUAAUGUCUCUGUGGAGUAUUUGUAUGAUACCAUAAUGUAUAUUUAUGUAGAAUCAAAUUAUAUAAACAGUACCAAUAUCAUAGAAAAAAAUAACAUUUUAAUGUAUAUUGUUCUAACCAAUCACAUUGUGAAUCAUUUUGAAAUUCAUUAUAGCGAUAUUGAUAAAUUGUGGGAUUGUCUUAAUGUUUUUUUUUAAUUAACCAAUAUUAUUUUAAAUCUGAGAUUAUCAGUUACAUCAUCAGUUGGUGAGUUUUGAAGAAAGAAAACAAUUUUAUUUCAAACUGACAAAUGUAUAUGGCUUUAGUUCAGUGUUAAAGAAUUUUAAUACAAUAUUAAAUUACUUGAACUGAACAGUUCCUUGUAUAUAUUUUGCCUAUUCACUGUUGAUAUGUAUGUAGUAAAUUGAGAGUAAAAUAACACUAAAAUAUGGUACCAAAAGGAAAUUGUAUAGGAGCAAAGUAAACAGUAGCUUUGCUGAAAUGGAGACAUAUGUGUAAAUAUGCUUGGGCUUCCAGUUAUAAAUUUUGUAAUUUUUGUCAUUAUUUAUAUCCUAUUAAAAAAAAGCACAUAAAAUAAAAUGGAAACUAUACA